AAAGUUCACUUAUUUUUCAGGCUUUAAAAAUGGCUAGUGUGGUGGAAAAGGGUCCAUUAGGUAGUAAGACUUGGUUUGAAGGCUAGUACCUACCUCAUUGGGACAUUGUGAUGUCGAAAUACUAUGAGCAUGGGCGGCGCAGAGGCUGAGCCCAGGUUCUGCCCUCUGCCGUCUUCUGUGGAAAUCCCACCUCCACGAUGCCAACCCAACCCUAGCCUACCACCCCUCCCCCAACCCUACUCCCCAAUAUCACCCGGAAGUGGAUCUACUCCACAAGCCAAGACAUUGAUCCACCGGCCAAAGAAUCCAUUCCACCAGCCAAGAUAUGAAUCCAUCCCACCUAGAGGCCCACCCCACCAGCCAAAAGUCUGACCCUGAAGGCCUAGACUUCAACUGUGUUGGCCAAGAUUAUUUCUUCUCUGUCCAUGAGUUGGACUCUUUCUACCAAGAAUUGGACCUUGACUCUCUUAAUGAAGAUCUUCCUUCUCAGUCUAUGCCAGGCGCCAUGACAGAGACCUCUGCAGGAAAGAAUGGAUCAUACCUGACUGCCAAACCAGAGGACCUUACAGAGGUGGAGCAAAAAGAGCUCAAAUCUGAGCUCAGUAAAUUGGAAGCGGAAAUUGUAACCCUACGCCAUGCGCUGGCAGCCAAAGAGAGACGCUGCGUGGAGCUCAAGAGGAAGCUGGGACUUAUGACCUUGGCAGGGUUGAGGCAGAAUCUCUCCAAGAGCUGGCAUGAUGUUCAGGUCUCCAACGACUACAUGAAACAAAAGACAUCAGCUGCCCUGUCCACCAUGGGCUCUGCCAUUCGCAGGAAGCUUGGAGACAUGAAGAAGUCAGCCACAUUCAGAUCCUUUGAAGGUCUGAUGGGGACAAUCAAGUCCAGAGUGACAGGCAGCAGAGAGCUGGGCAGUGACUGCCUUCCCUCUUCAGCAGGGAGUGGGGAUGAUCCACUCCCUGUUUCAGGGAGUGGGAAUGAUCCAGUUCCAGGAAAUGAGGACAACCUACUCCCCUUUCUGGAGCCAGAAUGAGCUCCUUGGUAACCCUGCCUGGUUGCCUAACCAGUGCAAGAAUUCCCUUCCCCCAUCCCAGUUGCAACUCUGCCCAGCAAAAAACAAGUAACCAAACCUCAAUGGUAAAGUUAA